AUGGAAAAAAAGAGAAGAGGGAGUCUCCAGCAGCAGCAGCAGCAGCAGAUGAAAGAAGAUCUGGAGAUGGGAGAAGAGCUGAUGCAGCAGCUCAGAUCCAGAGCUACAGAGCUCCUCCUCAGAGAAGAGUGGAACGAGUCCGUACAAGCCUACUCUCAUUUCAUCUCUCUCUGCCAACACCACAUCUCACGUAUCCAUCAACACGCUGAUCCCGAUCAUCUCUUCAAACUCCAAAAAUCCCUCUGCUUAGCCCUUUCCAAUCGGGCUGAAGCGCGGUCUCGGCUGCGUGAUUUGGCCAAUGCUCUCCAAGAUUGUGAUGGAGCACUUGAAAUUGAGGGCACCCAUUUCAAGACUCUGCUCUGCAAAGGUAAAAUCUUGCUUGGUCUCAAUAGAUACUCCCUGGCAUUGGACUGCUUCAAAGCAGCUCUUCUUGAUCCUCAGGCCGGUUUGAAAUGUGGAGCCCUUGAAGGGUACUUGGAGAGAUGCAAGAAACUUGAGCAUCAGUCAAGGACUGGAGCCUUUGACCUCUCUGAUUGGGUCGUAAAUGGGUUUCGUGGAAAGUUUCCGGAACUGGCAGAGUACAUUGGUGCAGUGCAGAUUAUGAAGUCUGAGAUUAGUGGGCGUGGCCUGUUUGCAACAAAGAACGUUGAUGCUGGGACUUUAGUCUUGGUUACCAAGGCAAUUGCUACAGAAAGGUGCAUUUUACCGGAGCAGAAUGAUGAUUCGGCGGAUAAUAUACAGUUGGUCAUGUGGAAGAAUUUUAUUGAUAAAGUUGUUGAAUCGGCUUCAAAAUGCAAGAGACUCCAUCAUUUAAUUUCGGUGCUAUCCAAUGGGGAAGAUGAGGAUGUGCUUGAGGUUCCUGAUGUGAAUCUCUUUAGGCCUGAGACAGAGGAGAGUGGCCUCUCAAUGGGGAAGCUGGAUAUGGGCAAAAUUUUAAGCAUCUUGGAUGUGAAUUCUCUAGUUGAGGAUGCGACCUCAGCUAAAGUUUUGGGGAAGAAUAGUGAUUACUAUGGUGUGGGGUUAUGGAUACUGCCUGCAUUCAUCAACCAUUCAUGUAACCCCAAUGCAAGGCGCUUGCAUGUGGGGGAUAAUGUAAUAGUUCAUACUUCCAGAGAUGUCAAGGCAGGGGAAGAGAUCACAUUCGCAUACUUUGAUGUGCUCUCACCAUGGAGAAAGCGCAAGGAUAUGGCCAAGACAUGGGGAUUCCAGUGUAAUUGCAAGAGGUGCAAGUUUGAAGAGCAGAUAUGCUCCAAAAUGGAGAUACAAGAGAUCCAGAUGGGACUUGAAAGAGGACUUGACAUGGGUGAUGCAAUUUAUAGGCUAGAAGAAGGUAUGAGGAGAUGGACGGUGAGGGGAAAGGAGAAAGGGUAUUUGAGGGCAUCCUUCUGGGCUGCCUACUCUGAAGCUUAUGAGUCUGAGAAAACGGUAAGGAGGUGGGGUAGGCGGAUUCCAGCAGUAGAGGCUGUGGUGGAUAGCGUUUUGGAAGCUGUGGGAAGUGAUGAGAGGGUUUUGAAGGCCUUUAUGGCUGGACUGAAGAGAAGUGGUGGAGGUGGGGUAGUGGAAAUAGAGAGAGCAAUGAAGUUAGCAAGAGGCGUAUAUGGUAAGGUGGUGAAGAAACAGGCAAUGAGGACUCUUAUUUCGCUUGGCUAUUAGCUGAUAGCUAUUACUAGUUUAUUAAUGUAUCAACUUGAGAAGAUCUUAUGUUUAGUUAAUGCUUUAUUGACAUUUAACAC